AUGUCCAUUGCAUUUUGCCAGCAGCUUGUUAGAACAAUUGGACAUUUUCAGUGUAUCUCUACACUUGAAAAGGAGUUAAGGGAGUAUGUUUCUCAAGUUACCAAAGUUAGUGGUUUGCUACAAAAUAUCUGGAAAGCUGAGCCAUGCACUUUACUUCCAUCAUUGCAAGAAGUGUUUGCAAUUAUUUCUUCCACAGAUGCUUCAUUUGAACCAUCUGUUGCUCUGGCGAGCCUUGUGCAGCACAUUCCCUUACAGAUGAUUACUGUUCUCAUCAGAAGUUUGACCACCGAUCCUAAUGUGAAAGAUGCAAGCAUGACUCAGGCUCUCUGCAGGAUGAUUGACUGGCUUUCCUGGCCUCUAGCACAGCAUGUGGAGACAUGGGUGAUCGCCCUGCUGAAGGGACUGGCAGCAGUCCAGAAAUUUACUAUUCUAAUUGAUGUUACUUUGCUUAAAAUUGAAUUGGUAUUCAACAGACUGUGGUUUCCACUGGUAAGACCCGGAGCAUUGGCCGUGCUUUCCCACAUGCUACUUAGCUUUCAGCAUUCUCCAGAGGCUUUUCAUAUGAUUGUACCACAUGUUGUAAAUCUGGUCCAGUCUUUUAAAAGUGAUGGCCUCCCAUCCAGUUCAGCAUUCCUUGUCCAGUUUUCCGAGCUGAUGCACUGCAUGAUCUAUCACUAUUCUGGAUUUCCAGACCUUUAUGAACCCAUCUUGGAAGCUCUUAAGGACUUGCCAAAGCCCUCUGAAGAGAAAGUAAAACUCAUAUUAAACCAAAGUGCCUGGACAUCGCAAUCCAAUGCUUUGGCAUCAUGCCUACCCAGGCUAUCAGGGAAAUCUGAAACUGGAAAAACUGGUCUAAUUAACCUGGGGAAUACCUGUUAUAUGAAUAGUGUCCUACAAGCACUUUUUAUGGCUACAGAUUUCAGGAGGCACGUGUUGUCACUGAAUUUGAAUGGGUGUAAUUUACUAAUGAAAAAAACUGCAACAUCUCUUUGCUUUCCUGGCACACACUCAGAGGGAAGCUUAUGCUCCUCAGAUUUUCUUUGAGGCUUCUAGGCCACCUUGGUUCACCCCACGAUCCCAGCAGGACUGUUCAGAGUACCUUCGCUUUCUUUUAGACAGACUACAUGAAGAAGAGAAGUCCUUCAGAGCUCUGUCCUCAAUGCCUGCUGCUGAUCCAAUGAUUACUGAUGGUGGUUUGCAAGCAGCAGCAUCUGGAGGGACAGACGUCCUUCCCCGAGUGCAGAACACAGGGUGGGGUCAUGAAGAGAAGACUUUAAUAGAAAGUAUGUUUGGAGGGAAGCUACAAACUACCAUUUGCUGCCUGAACUGUAAAAGCACUUCUCAGAAGAUGGAAGCCUUCACUGACCUUUCUCUGGCCUUUUGUCCGUCAUCAGAUAAACCUGUCCAAAGCAUGGUCUGCUCCCCAAAGGAGAAAGAUGAUGAUUGCAUAGAAAUAGAUGUUACCCCAUCUGGCGAAGCGCAGAGUGUUUUUGUUCUUUCAGCACAAGAUGAUUGUGGAAAGUCUACUGAACUAAAGUCCACGGUCGGCGGUUGUCAGUCCAGCAGUAACACCUCUGUGGAUGUACCAGCAUGUAACAACACAUUGCCGCCUGACAGUGACCUGUGUAGAAAGACUGAUAAGAAUGAAACGCUCUCUGUUACGGACUUGUUGAGCUAUUUUCUAGCACCAGAGAUACUUGAUGGAGAAAAUCGAUAUCAUUGUGAAAAAUGUGCUUCCCUCCAGAACGCUGAAAAGACUAUGCAUAUUAUAGAAGAACCAGAAUACCUCAUUUUAACGCUAUUAAGGUUUUCAUAUGACCCUAAAUGUCACGUGAGACGGAAAAUCCUGGAUAAUGUGUCCAUUCCACUGGCACUUGAAUUGCCAGUUGAAAGAUCUACCUCGGUGGCUUGUUCUGGAGAUAGAACUCAAGAUGCAGAUGUUCCUGAUGUCAGUGAGAACCUGGCUAAAAAGCUGAAACCAUCUGGUAUUGAAGAUCUAUGCUGCACCCAGCUUGUCCCCUAUGUUCUAAGCUCUAUUGUGGUCCAUUCUGGUACCUCUUCAGAAAGCGGCCAUUACUAUUCAUAUGCAAGGAAUGUCACCAGUACAUCGCGAUAUCUCUGCCAUGAGAAACCUUACCAAGGUCAUUUAGUGAGCAAAGAGACCUCAAACUCGGUAGUUGAAAAUGACACUGCAUGUAAUGACAUGUCUAAAGAAUGGUUUCUGUUUAAUGAUAGCAGAGUGACAUUUACUUCAUUUCAGUCUGUUUUAAAUAUCACCAGUCGGUUUCCAAAGGACACAGCUUAUGUGCUGUUAUAUAAAAAAGCACAGUUGUAGUGAUGCCAGUAAUAUACAUCCUAGUUCAGUAAAUGGACUUUGGGUAAAUGGGGAACCACCACUUCAGAAGGAGCUGAUGGAUGCCAUUACCAAGGACAAUAAGCUCUACUUACAGGAACAGGAACUUAAUGCCCGUGCACGGGCUCUACAAGCAGCAUCUGCUUCCUGCUCGUUCAGACCCAAUGGAUUUGAUGACAAUGACCCUCCAGGCAGUUGCGGGCCUAGUGGCGGUGGUGGAGAUGGAGGUUUCAGCACCAUCAGCAGACUUGUCUUUUAA